AGUUAAAUGUCGAAAAUAAUAUGUUUCAGAUAUAUAAAUGAUUGUAUUAAAAUUAAAUUAAUUAUUUAUCGUUGGAUUAUUUAAUAAAUUAAUUCGAGAAAAACAUGAAGUUUCGGUGCGCGAAAACACUCGAAAAAUUGCACGCGUUAUUCGGACGGUUCAGUGAACGGUAGUGGGGCGCUUCGGUAGGGAUAUAAAUAACACCGCUACGACAUGCCUCCGUUCAGUACAUCCGAGCUAGGUCAAACAACGCGUCAGUGUCUGGCAGUAGCAACUAAAUCACUUCGUGUGACCUAUUUUCACACAAUCUCGUGAUCAAGACUGACUAUUAUUGAAGUGAUAAUUUUGUGAUAUUAGUUUAUAGUUUAUAGAAAAAAAUUAAAAAUGCCUUCUCCUCACGAGGAAAUCCAAUCGGAAUUACAGGAAGCCGGAGAAGUAAUAUCUUCGAAAUUAAUGGAAACCCGCGACAGUAUAUCGUCGAUAGACAGCGAUGUAUCUUUGUCGUUCGAUAAAAAACAAGCGGGAAACACGACGGAAGACGAAGGGGCCCACAUGGCGGAUUUAAGUGACAGUUCCUCCGACACGGGAUCCAACGGCGGCGGGAAGGAUUCCGGAUGCGAAGUCGCCCCCGAAAUAACGGAACCGCCGUUCGAUCCGCCGAACGACGAAUUGGCGGACAAAAUAGUCCAGCAAGUGGAGUUUUAUUUCUCCGAUGCCAAUAUAACGAAAGACGCGUUUCUAUUGAAACACGUCAAGAGGAAUAAGGAGGGGUACGUGUCGCUCAAAUUAAUAUCGAGUUUCAAGAGGGUUAAACACCUAACGAAAGAUUGGAGGGUGGUAGCGCACGCUCUGAACCGAUCCACCAAAUUGGAAAUCAACGAGGCGGGUACGAAGUUACGCAGAUUGCAACCGUUGCCCAAAUACGACGAAACUACCCCUUCGAGAACGAUAGUCGCCGUACAUAUGCCCGUAGAAAAACCGACGAUCGAAAACGUCGCCGAAUUAUUCAAAUCGUGCGGCGAAAUCGCCCUGAUCAGAAUAUUGAGACCGGGCAAUCCGAUUCCGGCCGACGUCAGGCAAUUUAUUAACAAAAAUCCUUCUUUGGCCGGGAUGGUUUGCGCCCUGGUCGAAUUCGUGCAUUCGGAAUCGGCUAGGAACGCCCUGGAUAUGCAACUCAUUCUAGGAGAACCGUUGAAGGUGUACGAAUUGAAUAACGUACCGCAUCCGGAAAGAAAAAAGAAAACCGUUAAUAAAAAAACAAAUAAUAAUAAUAAUAAAAUCGCGUCGGAAUCUGAUUAUAUAUCUUGUCAAAGUGGUUCGGAGGCGGAAGAUUUGAAAAAGUUCGAUCCCAGAGGUAAAUUACGUCGUGGCUCUUCGUCGGCUCAAUUUCCUUCUCGAUAUAUAGAGCCUGCAGCAUGGCUUCAGAGACGUCUUAGCGCCUCCAGCACCGAAGCCAAUUUCCUUUACAUGCCCAGAAGGUUGUCUUCUAGCAGUCGAGAUUCCAGUGAAUCAUCACUUUUCAUUCCGAGGAGGAUGAGCGCGUGCAGCACGUCCAGCAACAGCGACAAUUUCGUAAGAAGAAUGUCGUCUUCUUCGGAACACAGCAAUCCGAGAUCGAGAAGCAACAGCUCGGCUUUUUUGAACGGAGAAAACGUUUUGAGAAUGCCGAAAGGACCCGACGGAAGCAGAGGAUUCAAACAAAGACUACCAACUGUUGCACAAUAAAAUGAGAUCGGCGAAAAAACAUAAAUUUUUGAACCCAAAAAAGGUAUAUUUUAUACUAAUUGAACAAUUCUGUAGCAGAGUGCCCUUAUUUAUUCACAUAUUUUUGAUCCUCGUAUUGGAAUAAAUGAGAAAAUCUGGAUCGUACUUGACGAGAAACAAUUUUUUUCAUAAAUUUUCAUAAUAACCCUCGUAUCAUCAUAAUAAAAAUGCCUCAACAAUCAAAUUAUUCGAGAACUUUUAUAGUAACCCUCGUAUCUUGAUACACAAGUUUAAAUCAUAAAAAUUUGAAAAAAUCGUAGUAAAUUUUACAAAUUUUCAAAAAUUUUCAGAACGCCCCUCGUAUCUAAAGCUAUACACAAUUUUACAUCAUGAAACUUUGAACAAAAAAUCAUAGUUGACUCAAAACAAUAAAAUUUUUCGAGAAUUUUUAAAUCGACCCUCGUAUCUUGAUACAAAAGUUUAAAUCAUAAAAAUUUGAAAAAAUCGUAAUAAACUUUACAGAUUUUCAAAAAUUUUUAGAACGCCCCUCGUAUCUAAAGCUAUACACAAUUUUAUAUCAUGAAACUUUGAACAAAAAAUCAUAGUUUACUCAAAACAAUAAAAUUUUUCGAGAAUUUUUAAAUCGACCCUCGUAUCUUGAUACACAAGUUUAAAUCAUAAAAAUUUGAAAAAAUCGUAGUAAAUUUUACAGAUUUUCAAAAAUUUUCAAAACGCCCCUCGUAUCUAACGCUAUAUACAAUUUUACAUCAUGAAUAUUUGAGAAAAAAAUCAUAGUUUACUCAAAACAAUAAAAUUUUUCGAGAAUUUUUAAAUCGACCCUCGUAUCUUGAUACACAAGUUUAAAUCAUAAAAAUUUGAAAAAAUCGUAGUAAACUUUACAAAUUUUCAAAAAUUUUCAAAACGCCCCUCGUAUCUAACGGUAUAUACAAUUUUACAUCAUGAAUAUUUGAGAAAAAAAUCAUAGUUGACUCAAAACAAUAAAAUUUUUCGAGAAUUUUUAAAUCGACCCUCGUAUCUUGAUACAAAAGUUUAAAUCAUAAAAAUUUGAAAAAAUCGUAGUAAACUUUACAAAUUUUCAAAAAUUUUCACAACGCCCCUCGUAUCUAACGCUAUACACAAUUUUAUAUAAUAAAAAUUUGGAAAAAAAUCGUAGUUAAAUUUUUCUAGUGACCAUCGUAAUAUGAAUAAUAGAAUAAAAAAAUGAGUUACCGUGAAUAAAUUAAAUAAAAGGAUAUUUAUAUUUACCCUCGUAUAGUAAUAAACAACUCAAUAAUAAUAUGAUAAAAAUAAACAUUCGCUAAUAGUUCUAGUAAUAUAAGAAGAAGGUUAACAUGACAUGAAACCGGAAAUAUACGUAGGAGGUCAACCUUACCGGAAGAACACAUAACCUGUAAAUAUCAAGGCGUUCGUGAUUUUACUUUUUAUCGUUAAAGGUAGCCGUCCGUCUCAGCCUUGCUAACUUGAUUAUUGAUUACUUUUAUUUUCCACUGUAUAUUUUUUCCUAAAUAUACAGAAAACUAACACUUCGACUUUCACAAUUCGCUUUCUUCACGUUAAAAUCGUCUUGAAUGAUUUCACUUUUAAUUUAGAAUAUCGAAUUCUCCAUAAAAAUAUUAAUUAUAUGCAUCUGGCGCUUGCAGUAUAUAGAUAAUUGCAUGUUUUCAUUUUUUUUUAACUGUUAAUUUAAAUCAAUAUCUACGCGAGUGUUUUUUUACCUCUAUAAUAUAUUCAACGUUCGAUAAAAAACAUUGAACUGUUAAUUGAAGGUUGUUAUAACCUUUUAUUAACACUCAAUUGGAGUGAUAUCGAUGAUUCAUAUCGAUACUUAUAGCUACGAGAUAUAUGAGUGACCUUGAUCAACGUUUAGUUUUCGCAGUAUUCGAUUUAAAUUGAAAACUUGAAAUUUAGGUCAAUGUACAUCGUCUAAACAAAAUUUGUGACCAAAAUCACAAUUUCAUACUUGUAUCUUUCCUUUUAGAAUUGUAUAAUUGAUAAUAAUUUUCGAAUAGCAAUCAAAUUACAUUUUACAUUGUUGCCGCACUUGACAACAUAACUAUAAUAUAAUCAGUAAUUGCAAUAUUCUAAUUUAACCGUUAUUAAUAAAAGAAAUUACAGAAUGUUUUCUUUAAUAUCAUGUUUAAAAAGCGUAACGAUUUAAUAGUUUGAGUAUAUACGUGUUUUCUAACGGAGAAAUUUACUUUUUAAAUAAAACGACAAUGUAAAACUUUCGGAGAAAGUAGUGAGCGGCAUUAGAAAAGUGGGCCGUGAACUGAAUGCACAUUCGCAGUAGCGUUCGUUUUAAUAAAAAUUUACGGAGACGUUUUAUUGAAUACGUUCCCUGUAAUAAACCGUUAGUAAUAGAACACAGGUCCGGAUUCUAAAUUAUGUAUAAAAAAAAAAUAAAAUAAGGGUUCUCUAUAAUAUAUCAGCUAAUUUGUCAAUUAUUGGUUAAAUAUUUAUGUUUUUUUUUAUUCUUAUAAAUAAGUGCUUUUGUUCAUUUUGUUAUAGAAAUGACGUUCAAUCUAAAUCUACCAAUAGUUAUAAAUUUUUAUUUUAUACAAUGGCAGAUACCUAUUUUUUUAAAUACUGUAAAUAAUUUAAUUUAUUACCGAAUCUAGUAUGUAAUUCUGAUAAAUUUCAAUAAAAAAUGUUAAUAAAGUUUAAUAAAUGUACUUACUUUGUUUUUUUUUCUGAAGAAAUAAUGUUUUUAUAUUUAUAAAUAGUUAUUUAUAAUCUUUAUAUCGAAACCAUUUGCUAAAAAGUAAAUUUAUUUUGUUUUAUAUU